ACACAAUUUUUUUAGUGGCAUUUAAAACAUUUUAAUUAGCAUUACUUUUAAAAUGGAUCCUAUCGUUUUUAAAAGAAAGAGGAAAAAUGAAGUGAAAUGUGCAGACACUUGUUCAAGUUCAGCUGCUGCACCUGGAAAUGUGAAUAGUGACCAUGUUGAGAGAAAUACUGACUGUAAUCUGCAAACUUCAACCUCGUUUGAGCCACAUUUCAAAAAGAAAAAGCUGUUAGCGAGAAAGCCUUAUUAUCGUCGUAUUUGGUUGCAUAUCGAGUGGCGAAAGAGAAAAUGGCUCACACGGCUGCUGAAAAAAUAAUCCUUGUUUGGAUAUGGUGCGUACAAUUUUUGAUGACAAAUCGGCUGAUAAAUUAAAAACGAUAUCUAGUGAUGACAUAAUAUCUCUUCGAAUGUGCACUAUUGCGGAACACUUAGAAACAAUGCUGCUUACCCGGUUGCAGACUGGUAUAGACUUUGUGAUCCAGCUCAAUGACAGCACCGGCCUGGGGAGCGGCACGACACUCUUAGUUUAUGUCAGAUACGCGUGGCAAGAAGAUUUCAUGGAGGAUUUUUUGUGUUGUUUAAAUAUAACCUCACACCUAAGCGGGUUAGAUAUUUUUACAGAAUUAGAAAAGUGCAUUGUUGGCCGAUAUAAAUUAAACUGGAAGAACUGCAAAGGGAUUACAAGUGACGGAGCAGCAAGCAAAACCGGAAGACACAGCGGAGUAAUUAAAAAAUUGCCAGAAGUGACUAAUAAUGGCGCCGUGUGGAAUCACUGUUUUAUACAUCGUGAAGCUUUAGCAUCCAGAGAAAUCCCACAGAAUCUCUUGGAAGUACUGAAAAACGCAGUGAAAGUUAACUUCAUUAAAGGAAGUCCGCUAAAUAACCAGCUUCUUGAAACAUUUUGUUCAGAGAUUGGAGCUAAUCGUACCCACUUACUUUACCAUACCAAAGUUCGUUGGUUGUCUCAUGGCAAAAUACUAAGCAGGGUUUACGAACUCAGGAACGAGAUCCACCUUUUUCUUACUGAAAAAAAAUCUCAUUCGGCGAGUAUUUUGGAAGAUGACAUGUGGGUGAUGAAAUUGGCAUAUUUAACAGAUAUUUUUGGCAUUCUUCACGAACUGAGUUUAAAACUACAGGGGGAAAAUAGCAAUAUAUUCCAACAGGUCGAACGCAUCCAGGGAUUCCCAAAGACACUAUUGUUAUGGCAAGCGAGGCUUAAAAGCCGCCGUCCGAGCUACGACAUGUUUCCAAGAUUUUUGCAACGUAUCGAAGAGAACGUUAUUAGUGAAAACCUUUUGAAAGAAAUCAAAUUAGAGAUAUUGGUGCAUCUCACUUCUCUGUCUCAAACUUUUAACCAUUUCUUUCCAGAAGAGAAGUUUGAAACGUUAAGAGAAAACAGCUGGGUGAAAGAUCCCUUUGCUUUUCGAAACCCAGAAUCGGUAAUUGAGUUAAACUUGGUGCCUGAAGAAGAGAGUGAACUACUGCAGCUCAGUUCCUCAUAUACAUUGAAGACUGACUACGAAGCAUUAACAUCGGCAUUUUGGAUUAAGGUAAAGGAAGACUUCCCUCUGCUAAGCAGAAAGAGUGUCCCGCUUCUGUUACCAUUCACGACAACCAGUUUGUGCGAGCGUGGGUUUUCAGUCCUGACCCAGUUAAAAGCAAAGGAAAGAAACGGGUUGAAAGGUGCAGCAGAUAUGCGGGUGGCACUGUCCUCCUGUGUUCCCGACUGGAGCGAACUUCUCAGCAGGCAAGCACACCCGUCACCUUAAGUGAAUCUUCCCUGAUUUGUGUUCUUGUGUUUCUUAUUUUGUGACAUUUUUCUAUGCUGAAUUCAGAUGCUAACACAGCAUUGUAUGUGGUAACUUGGUUUUUAUUUUUGGCAUAUUUAAAUAUUAAUGAAAUCAUAAUGUAACUUUCCAUUCUUUGACCAAAACUUUAAUGAGCUUCUGUUAGAGGCCAGGAAGUAUUCUAGAGACAUUUGGGACGCAAAAUGAAGAGAGCAAAGAUCAUUCUGUAGUGGAACUUCGUGGAACUGGCAGGGAGAGAGACAGACAGACCAUAAAUAACCCUUAAAAU